AUGGCCUCGACGGAAGGAGGAACGUCAGGGUCCGGACAAGCAGAGUCAGGCUCCAACAGUGAUACGUCGAAAAUGGAUACGGUCACCCUACCGGUGCAACUGACUUCUGUAAGCAGCUCAAUUCAAUGCCUGGUGCGAGAUCUGCAACAGGAGGAGCACGAUGCUGACCGGUUUAUUGCCGGGCACGUGCCCCCGAAUGACGUUGAAGACUUCUUGGUAAGCUUUGAAAGCAUUGUCGAACGAUUAGAAAUCAAAUUGAAUCAAUUUUCGAAUGGUGUUGCUCAAAUGCCCGCAUCCACCAAGGGACAACGUGCCCAAGUUGAAUCACUGAAACUGGAAAUUAAUGGAAUGACAGUCUUGGUAGAAUCAGCGGUCUCAAAAAUCAGAAAAUUAAAACAAGUGGCAAUCAGACACAAUAAACAAAUGGCGAUGGUCCAAGCCCCAUUGCCAGCGGAGGAUCCGCAUGGUAUUCAAAACCUUGUCAAUGUGCAAAACAAAACAACACAAUCUCUAUUGGAUGCCAUCCAUACACUCACCAACAAUGCUCCUGGGCAUUCCGAAUCACAGUCCACGCAUCCCCAUCAUGUACGAUUACCAAAACUGGAAUUACCAAAUUUCAGGGGUGAUGUCCUCAAAUUUUCCGAAUUCUGGGAUGUAUUUCAAUCCACGGUACACGAGAACCCGUCUUUAUCCCACGCAGAGAAACUGGCGUAUCUAAAAACAUGUUUGUCGGGCACGGCACGCAACGUCCUUGAUGGGAUCGUCCUCGACAACGACCACUACCCAAUUGCUGUCGAAUUACUCAAAGAACGGUUCGGCAGGCAGCAAAUGGUGCUGAAUGCCCACUAUUCAGCCCUGGUCGAUCUGCCACCGGCCUAUGACACGGCCACAUCACUGCGCCAGUUGUACGACACAGUUGAAAAACACAUCCGGGCGCUCAGUGCUAUUGGCGAAGACUGUGACCAAGGGAUUUUUGUGUCUCUGAUCACGUCAAAGCUGCCGAGUCCUGCCACGUUUCAACUGGAAUUAGCUAAAGGUGAGGAGACGUGGUCCGCCGACCGCCUCCGCAAACAUUUACAUGACUAUAUCAUGGCAAAGGAAGCAGCAGCUCGACCAACAUCAGUCGGUUCUGCACAGCCAAGCAUGACUGCACCGCGAUCCACGAAUGCCAGCACUGGCGACAUGCGGCCAGUCCAGACGUUGGCAGUUUCGGUCAAGAAACCACAACGCGCAAAAUGCUUCUUUUGCAAGGAAGCCCAUUACACAGAUGAAUGUGACCGGUACAGAACUUUAGAGACCAGACGCCAGCAAAUCCAGGGUCGGUGCUUCAUUUGUUUCCGGGACAGCCAUAUGGCUCCGGCUUGUCCGAACCCCUGGGCUUGUGCACAUUGCCACAAGAAGAGACACCACCGCAGUCUCUGCCCUUCCAAAUUCGGAACUGGCCACCAACAACAACAAUCGAAACCACCAAUCAAAGCCAACACAACAUGUGUCACAGCUCCUAGCUGUCUCAGCCAACAGCAGGAUGCAGUCAUCCUGCAAACAGCAGUAGCCACAAUUGGCGGCACCACAAUUACCCAGCCCGCGCGGCUCAUGUUUGACACUGGGUCGUCACGGUCUUUUAUUACACAGGAAGCACAACAGGCACUUCAACUUGAUGCCAAUGGUUCAGACACCAUCGCCAUGGCUGGCUUUGGCGACAGUACCCGCAAGGUUGUCUGUCUGCCACGUGUGCAACUCUCUGUCGGGUGUGAUGAUGGCUCCACCGUUACGGUCAUAGCCAACGUAGUCGACAACAUAACAUGUCCCAUCCAACGCUUUCUACUCGAUUACACCAAAUAUCCGGUUCUGCAGUCUGUAAAUCUUGCUGAACCCACGCCCCUUGCAACAGAGAGCGUGGUUGUCGACGUACUAAUUGGAAGUGAUCAUUACCAUCACCUCAUUGGCCCUCAGGUCAUAUCCGUUACCGCUGACCUAGUGCUGGUCGAGUCCAAGUUAGGGUAUAUUCCGUCUGGCAAAGUGUCUGGUGAUACGCCCCCAGACACCGUCAUGCAUCUGUCGGCGGAUUCCAUAGCGGAUGACACCUUACCUGCACUCGAAGAUCUGUGGAGCCUUGAGAGUCUGGGUAUUAAUGACAACCCAGAAACAACAGACAACGACAUGGUGAGAGAACACUUCAACGCCACAAUACGCAAAGAAAACGGUCGCUACACAGUCAACUGGCCGUGGAAGGAAAAAGCUCCGCAAGUGAACUAUGAGCUGGCCAGAGGUCGACUCGUCUCCCUAAUCAAGCGGCUUUCUACACAGCCAGACAUCCUACGACACUACGACCAGACAAUCAGAGACCAACAUGCAAGUGGUAUCAUCGAGGAAGUCCCGAAUGCCGUGCCCACUGGGCCGGUCCACUAUUUGCCACACCACUGCGUCCAGCGUCAGGCCAGCACAACAACCAAACUCCGCAUCGUCUACGAUGCGUCAGCAAAAACCAACAAGGAUGGAAACAGCCUCAAUGACUGCCUUCACAGCGGCCCCAGCUUGCUUCCUGACCUGGGUGGCAUACUGGUCCGUUUUCGCCUGUUCCCUGUUGGGAUCACCAGCGAUAUUGAGAAGGCAUUCCUCCAAGUGGGCCUCGACGAACCAGACCGGGACUACACCCGCUUUCUGUGGCUCAAGGACAUUUCUCAACCAGUCUCACCAGCAAACCUGGUGACAUAUCGUUUCUGUCGAAUCCCGUUUGGUGUUAUUUCCAGCCCGUUCUUGCUGUCUGCCACCAUUCAUCACCAUCUCGACAACAGCAACAGCACGCUCGGUUCUGAAAUCCGCGACUCCACCUAUGUGGACAAUGUGAUAACUGGGCGCAACACGGCUGACGAAGCCAGUACUCUCUAUGAUUCUGCAAAGAGCCUAUUCAACGACGCCGCUAUGAAUCUCCGUGAAUGGUCAUCUAACAGUGAUGAAUUCAACCACACCCUGCCAGACUUCGACAAGGCCACAUCCAACAAUGUGAAAUGCCUCGGCCUGGCUUGGGAUACGAAAGAGGACGCUCUCAAUGUCAUUUCUCCUAAUGUGGCUCACAAACACGCCAACACCAAGCGCAGCAUCAUCUCCGCUGCUGCUCGCUUUUACGAUCCCGUUGGCUACCUGUCACCUCUGUUUGUUCGAGCCAAACUUCUGAUCCAGGACAUCUGGAAAGCAAAGCUCGACUGGGAUGAUCCGGUUCCCAACAGCAUUGCAGAUGAUUGGCAGGCUAUUGCCCAAGACCUGGACAAAGCAGACACGGUCAAGCUCCACCGUUUCACUGGUCUUGACCCAGCAUCUGUCACUCGCCGCGAACUUCAUGUGUUCUGCGACGCAUCCGAAAAAUCGUACGGUACGGUUGCCUAUCUCCGUGAAGAAAGCGCCACAGCUGUGGCCACAGUCCUGCUCGUCAGCAAGACGAAGGUAGCUCCACUCAAACAAAUGACAAUUCCUCGUUUGGAGUUGAUAGCAGCGCUAAUCGGUUCUCGGCUUAUCAAAUUCCUCCAGAACACACUGCCAUUUGAUCUCCACCGCACUGUUCUGUGGUCCGAUUCAACUUGUGUUCUACACUGGAUCAAUGGCACGAACCAGCAAUCUGUGUUUGUCCAGCGGCGACUAAUGGAAAUUCGGUCGAAUCCAACAAUUGCGUUCAAGUACGUCAGUACAGAUUGCAAUCCUGCCGACCUUCCCUCACGUGGUGCAACAGCUGCUGCAUUGCACGACAGCAAACUCUGGUGGGAAGGUCCUGAAUGGCUACGCGGUGAUACCAGCUCACUCGGUGAACUUCCAUCCCCUUCACUUGCCACAGCUGCAGCAAUGGCCUCAGAACCACCCACUGAGGUAUCUGUCGCAAUCAAUUCUUGCUCUGGGGAGGGUCCUUUCAUCUCUAUCGAAAGGUAUUCCAGUUGGUCGAAAGCGGUACGCGUAAUGGCUUACGUGAAACUGGCAGUACAGAAGCUGCAAGGCAAAUGCAAACAACAAACACAACUAACCACAACCAAUAUCAAGGAAGCUGAAAUGGAAUGUGUACGAGUUAUCCAAGGUCAAGAAUUUGGUGAAAUUAAAAAUGCAAUUCAGAAAAAACAAAAAAUGGAACUCGUUACCAAACUCGGUCUUCUUAUCGAUACCAACGGCCUAAUUCGGUGCGCAGGGCGCAUGAAGAAUGCUAGGUUUCCAGAAUCUGGUCCAAUACUGCUGCCACGGAAACAUCCUGCCACGAGGCUAAUCGUGCAACUGUGCCACGCUCGCGUUCGGCACUCCGGUACUAGCCAGACGCUCAUGGAGGUGCGUAAGCGUUUCUGGAUAACUCGUGGGCGGGCCACCGUGCAGACAAUAUUGCACAGCUGCUACCACUGCAAGAAAUGGGAAGCGAAACCAUACCCAAUGCCGGAUUUUGCUCCACUGCCGAGCAAGCGUGUUAACAGGUGCAUACCAUUCUCGUACACUGGUAUCGAUUACUUCGGCCCAAUGACAAUGACCAAGGAAAGCGAGAAAUGCAAGGUAUGGGUUUGCCUGUUCACAUGUUUGACUACCCGCGCAAUCCACCUCGAGCUAAUGGAAGACAUGACAACAGCCUCAUUUCUACUGGGCUUUCGUAGAUUUAUUGCCCGUAGAGGUACGCCGAUUGAAGUUUUGUCAGAUAAUGCAAAACAAUUUCACACUGCCUCGAACGUCAUUGGUGAAGUUUGGAAUGACGUGAACCACACCGAUGACUUUACUUCGUUCUGUGCUACGAAUGGAAUACAAUGGAAAUUCAUAGUACAGCUGUCUCCAUGGAUGGGCGGCGCAUACGAGCGCUUAGUACAAUCAGUGAAAAGGGUCCUACGAAAGACAGUGGGCACUUCAAUUCCAAACCGUGAUAUGCUCAAUACGUUUCUAAUGGAGGCGGAGGCGAUAAUUAAUGCACGUCCACUGGUCUACGUUGGAAACGAAUUGGAUUUUGGUAAUGUUCUUACUCCCAACCAUUUCUUGUCUUUAAACCCGAAGUUGGGCACUCCUGGUAUGGAGGGAGACUUUGGUAAUGACCCGACGUUUGAGCCUGACACGUCUUUGGCUAACACAUUGCUAACUGCCUGGACGGAUGGUCAACGCCUACUACAGACUUUUUGGUCAGAAUGGCAGUAUUCGUAUCUACCCACGCUACGUGAACGUGGUCAGACUGCACUUGCGCAUGGAAGACUACAAGCACAUGAUCCACCUACCGUGGAUACUGUUGUCCUAGUCAAGGAAGAAAAGAUGCCACGCGGCUCUUGGUUAAUUGGACGAAUUGACAAACUGCACAACAGUAAUGAUGGUGAAAUCAGAUCUGCAACAGUUGUUCUGCCAUCCAAGCGGCAGAUCCAACGUCCACUAUGUCUGUUGUACCCAAUUGUGCAAGCGGAGAAUCACGAUGCAGCGCACGAUGACCCGCCGCUCGCACAACCCGCACAGCCGGUACAGCCUGCACAACCUACACAGCAACAACCAGCUCGACCAACACGCCGAGCAGCCGCUGGUUCCCGUGCUAACCUGAAGAACCUAAUAAGUCAAGGUGCAGUAUAA